AACCCAUGUGUUUUGAACAAAUAUUAAUAAAUAGUGCUUAUUAUACAAAAUGUAUGCGGUAUUUUCCUAUGUUUGUGUUAUAAAUGACUUUUUUGAUGGUAGUUUGGUGUGUACAGAGUGAAAGUUAGGUGAAGUUGAAUUAUUGUGUGUAGUGUUAUUUAUUGCUUUGUUUUAAUCAUUAAUCCAUUGUAUAAUAUAGUUACUAUACGUGAUUAUUACGUUAUAUCGAUACCAGGAGCUCGAAAGCAGCUGCAUUACAAUGAUGUAACAGCCGUUUACAAAGCAUUGCGCCGCCUGACGCCGCUGCGAGUGAACGUCAGAAACAGAACGACUUACGUAACUAUCGAGUGUAUAGCGUGCGCGUAGUCGAUCUAGCGUGCCAUGCGCAACUGGCGGCGAGCCUGUCCCGUCGCAGGGCGAUGGAAACCCUCCUCGACAAGUUCAAGAGAGAGCAGGGUGGUCUGCGCCGUUCACGCUCCGUGCGCGCUUCCCUGCGACUGAUCGGCAACCGCUGGAGGUCCAAAGACGAGGCGCCGGCUGACCUAGAGAAAGAUCAACUGCUAUUCACCAAGCAGUUAUUCGCGGAGAAAGAUUACAGUGUAGCGUACACAGGCGUCGACGGGACCUACCGGUCAAAAACUCCCGCAAUGACCAGGCGAAAACUCGAUCCGCCCACCAACAUGAGGAAGAAGAGCGGCGACGUCGAUUUGGUGUUAAAACCGCAGAGACCAAAGAAGGUCGAAAAGAAAUUCAGUGAUCUAUUUUAUAAGAAGCACAAAAGUGUCUCGGCAAAAGAGCUUCUGGUGCCUGAGAAGAUCCCACCGAAGGCCGCGGCGAUUCUUCAUAUCCAUUCGCCAGAUAAAGGAAAGAAGAACAAAGGGAACAACAGGCCUGAAAUUGAACUCAUUGCGCCUGAGGCAAGAAGACGGCAACGUCGUGGUUCGGAGAGUGAUACUUGUGUGCUAUCCCGCGGUUGUGUUAACCAGGCUUUUGUGUACAGCACCCCGCCCAAAGACAGGAAGCUGCCGCUCUCACCUUCGGCUUACUUAAAGUUACACUACGGGGCGCUGGUGGAAGGAUGCGCGGGCGAGCUUCCUUCACUUAGUGCGUGCGCGCCGCCCGCCCGCCCACGCGCAAGAGACAUCGAUACACACACAGACAACCGCACCCAGAUUGACAUACACCAACAGGCGCUGUUUGCGGCAGUGGAACAUGGCUACCUUGACAAAGCUAGGAAUAUUCUGGACUCCACAGAUGUCGAUGUUAACAGCAUCAACACAGAUGGCCUGUCUCCAUUGGACGUGGCAGUGCUCACAGGAAACCGUCCUCUCGCCACCAUGCUUAUGGAAUUUGGUGCUAAAGAUGGUGGGCAGUUCAAAACACCGGAAGCACUUGGGGCGCACUUGCGAAAACUUUGUCGAGAAGCCGAGUCUCGUCUACGCGAGGUAGGCGGUACGCGCGAGCCCCUACCACCCACUACUACAGGCUGCGCAGGCGCUGCUUCCGAAAGGGAUAAGCAGCUACAACACUGGGACAGACGACAUAGGACACUGAAACGUCUAACAUCUGGAUGGAGUUCCGUUCGCACAGCGGGAUCAUUACCCCCUCCAGGUGUGGAGGUGUGUGGACCGCACGCUGUUUGCGUACGCGUACCGGCUUUACGAGACGCAAGGCACGCAAAUUCACCUAUACUAACAAAAUAUAAAGUGGAAUGGUCAUCGCGCAGUGACUUCUCGAACGUAUGUGGCACGCGUGAAGUUAGCGCGUGUACGUUAAGUGGUACGGGGGCUGGACGCGUACUAAUUUCGGGGCUGACUCGGGGCCGUCGGUAUUACUUUCGAGUAGCUGCUGGAAACCUAAGGGGCUGGAGUGACCCCACUGUAUCGUUACCACGGAGCGUCGUACCGAGUAGUUGGCGCGAUGUAUCAUCCCCGGUGUCGCGAGGAGAAACAGGAAAAACAGACGAACAGUUAGACGCGGUGGCAACAGCCUGCGCCAACGCUCGUCGAACACCUGGAGGUGCCGGAGCAGCUGCCUUAACGGCCGGCGGAGUUGCCGCUGCUCGGGCGCGAAAGAACACCAUCCGGCAAUUAUUCACCGGCAGCAAGUUCCACAAGCACCUCAGACGGGGUGUAUACCUGGCUUGCGUGGUGUACCAGGAAGAACGUGUAUUGGUCACAGGCGAAGAAUUCAUACCAGUAGUGGAAGUGGACGAAACGGGCCCGGCGGCGUUGGGCAGCGAACUCCACUGGCUAAUGAAGGUCUCCUGCGCCUGGCCAGAUGUGAAAUCCUUAAGAACAGACCUGCAGAAGCACCCGUCACCGUCUCUCCACUUCCGUAGAAGACUUCUGGCGGCGGUAGCACAUAUGCAGGCGGCGCUAUCUUUGAUGGAUCUCGGUCAAGUGUAUCCAACGCCUCUGCGCGAUGCGGCUGGGACGUUGGUGAUUUCGCUCGUGAGUGCUGCGAGAGCUGGGAAACCUCCAGCGCUUAAUUCCCGCUGGGUGGCGCUGCACAAGCUCCGGCGUCGUGGUCUCGGAGACGACAAUACCAUUGCUGAUCUGCUGCUAGGAUCGCUGCAUGAUCAGAUACGGUAUCACCAGGUGUCCCGCGCUGCCCUCCCACGGGGUCUAUACGUAGGAUACUUAAAACUCCAAGCCUCGGUAGAAGAAGUACGAGUGGUGGUUUCUGCUACUGCCCCCAAUGUGCCGCCGCACACACGCCUUCGGGACAACCCUCACGUUUCUGCAGAAGAAUGGCAGUACCUAAAGUCUCAGUCGGGCAGAUCGGACGACAACAAGUCUGUAAGCAACAUGUCAGUGAGCAGUGAAAAGCCAUCGGAAUGCCAAGAAAUGUUCCUACAACAAAUUUCAGCUGGCGCCAAGCGACUUUUCCGAGAUAUGGAACUACCCGCAGAUAGUACCAAAGACCACCGCUUCUAUGACCUAGAGGUCGUUGAACUCAGCGGUGACGUCAGCUUCGUCAUGCUAUGCCCGCCCCCAGGUCGCGCCUGCUGUGUCCCAGGCCAACGAGAAAUGCUCCUUCAACGGGCCGGCCUCCUAAGCCUACCCGUUCAAGCCUUCGAAAUGAUCCACCUGCAAACCUACCGACCCCACCUGUUAGCAAAGUUCUGCCGACUUAGCUGUCUCCUCGAACUGGACGUUGCUCUCGCCGCACAUUCACAUAGAGAAGCCUUUUCAUGCGACGAGCUAAACACGGCCAAAGAAAGACUGACGAAGCUCGAAGAUCUACAGAACGAUCUUAACACCGUAUGGAAGACGGAACGCUGGUUGAUGGAUCUCAUCGGCUUUGCGAGAGACAAGAGCGGCCCCGCCGGAGUACUCCUCGAACAUAUUCUAGAUAAGAGCUCGACCGCCGAUGGAGAAAAGGAUGUCAACCUCAAAAUAGACCUGCUGCAGAUUCCGGCUAGAGAUGGGAAGAUCAAUAAGACAAGUCCUGGGAGAGGUUCCUGGCCGGGACCCGGCGGCAACGGUCCCGCAACAUUGCACCCAGAAUUCAGCAAAUCCGAGCAACAGCUCAGCAUCGUACCUCGCCAACCGUCUGCGUCUACUUUAAACCUGAGCUCAAACUAUUUAAAUGAGAAUCAGUUUAAACGUAAAGGCAGUGGUGACUCGCAAAUGACGCAAUCUAGCAAUUACAUGAGCGGUUCUCAAUUCGAUAUAAAGUCGUCAGGGUCCAGUCUGAAUGGCCGAUUGCCGCCUUCACGAAGCGAGGAUACGUUAGUCCUGCACAAUGAUGCAAAGACACAACCCCGGCCUCACAGCAUAUCGGCGAGUCUACCUUCGGCCAGUCCUUUGCUCUCUAGAGGUCUUGGUGCCACCAGUAUGGUCAGCGUUCGCGGCAACGAAUCCGCCCAGAGCCUGUCCAGUGAUUCGGAUUGUCACAGCUGUCCCAAACUGCGCGUGACGGCCUCAGAGAGCAUGGCUAGCUUGAAUGCGGAGGACGCAAAGAAACUGCCCGAGACGAAGGAGGAAAAUCAGGAGAACGAAGAGGAGAAUAGGGAACAGAGUGAGGGUGGUAUUUUGCAAGUUUUCGCGGCGUACGAAACAGGAUUGGCAGCUGGAACGUCGUUGAAGCUCCAUGUAACAGCUCGAACAACUGCGAGAGAAGUUAUAGAGUUGGUGGUGAAGCAACUCAAUAUGGCGGCCUUGCUUCGAGCUCGCCGUGGCCCUCUCUAUCCACCCCACAGACUGCCUGACUUCUGUCUUGUCGCUGUCAUUGGUGCUAGAGAACGGUGUUUGCGGGACGACUUCAGGCCCCUACAACUACAAAACCCUUGGCGUCGUGGACGGCUCUAUGUAAGACUAAAACACGACGUCCUCGCUGCGCUCACGCAUAGUGCAAACCAGCCAGCGUACAUUUAAAUUCAAGAGCAAUACAAAAAUAUCUUAAUUUUUUUUAUAUAGUUUCCCUUCUAGUUUACAUAAAGCGAUUUAGAAUUAUGGCAAUUAAAAGGGAAGCCAUGUGUCCAGGCAAAAAUGCCACUGUCUGUUCAAAAAUAUAAGUUCUUUGAAAUAAUUUGCUCAAAAUUUACCGACGAUGCUCAAUUUCAGUUGAUAAAAUGUUCAUCGGUUAAAUAAAAUUGCUGUCUAAUAUAAUUCCAAAGAUAAUAGAGAAUUAGCUUUAUAUUUUAGACUAAAUAGAAUUAUAUUCUAUAUUAAUUAACCUAUAGAGAGUAGAGGUGGAUAAAAGCGCGGGAAAAAAAUGGUAACCCUGUAAGGGUUGCCCAAUGGCCGUUUACGUAAUUUGUCUACAUGAAACGUGUAUAAAAGUAUUAUAGACUCAGAGUGAGAAAAAUAACACCAUUUUAUCUUAAGUAUAUGUCGUGUCUAAUAUAUACGAAUAAUCGUCCAUAUAUUUUAUUAUGUGAUAAUUGAAAAACCUUGUUUUACCCUACCCCACCUGGAAUCAUUCAAUUAUAACGUUAUUUAAGGAUUUUACAUUUAAUAUUAAAAAAUAUAUAUCUUCGAUAUCACAGGGUUGGAUAUUAUUUAUUAACACAAUAUUCUAUUUUUUACAUUGAAAGUUGUGAAUCCCCUAAAAAGAUGCAUCCAAUUUUAUAUUUUUUGUUGCAUUAUAGAUAUAUUUUAUGAAUUAAACAUAAAUUCAAAAUCAACUCCGGAUUAAUGUGAUCCCAAAUUUUUUAUAUUACUAAUUGAAUCAAUUUAAUUUUAUAACCUAAAACUGUAAAUCAAUAUAAAAUGGAACACUAUAGACAAGUGAAUGUCACUGUCACAAAAAUAUUUUAUUUUUUAUUAAUUUGUGAACAGUUCUCCAUUAUAGUAUAGAUAAUAAAGAUUGAUUGAACGGUAAAGUAUAGUUUUUUUGUACAAAACUGUUUUAAAAGAUCUGAAUGUUUAUUUACACAAUGUACAUAAUAUGUGAUACUAUUAUUAUCAAGUCAUCGAAUAGGUAUCGUAAAAGAAAACGUUAGUACAGAAUGUAUGAUUAAACUAAUUAUUUGCUUAGAUAUAUUUUAGAUAAUAUAGUAAAAUGAAAUUUUAUCAACGAUUCGAGCCAUACUUAGAUCGCAAUUAAUUAUUACGCCUAAGUAAAUGUCUUAUGAACUUAAUUGUUAAUAUAAAAUAUGUGUAUUAUUUUACUAUUAUGAGUAUUCGGCAAAUGCUAUGUUGUAUAUUAGUCUAGAAGAU